CAAUCUAUGUUAAAUAGUAAUUAUUGCUAAUAAAUCAUAAUAUUUUCAUUGUAUUCGAAAGUCAAAUAUAAAUGGUUAAAAUAUAUUAAUCUUUUGAAGCAUAUUAUUGGUAUUAACAUUAAUUUGUUCCAUAACUUACAAAAACCUUAUAUAAAUAAAGAUUUUGUAAUACUUUUUGGAAAGUGACAAGAAAAUGGAAGCGUUUUGAGGCUUGGUCUUUGUUAUUUCACAUUCUCGCAGACAUCAAAACGUUGAAUAAUUGUCACAGCAAAUCAGGAAUAAGUCCAGAACUUAUCAAAUUCAGCUUGAUCUUUGUUACUCAAGCUAUAUUAUAUAGUAUUUGUCGGUGUGAUCUAAACUCAAUACUUUGUUAGUGAGAUGGCCUUGUGCAUUUAUAUGUUGUUGCACGAAGUUAAAAACUACUUGAACUUCAUUAGAGGUAUGGGUAUUAAAGCAUGGAUUCCUGGAUCAUCAAAAAGCCUCCCUGAAAUGUCUGUAGCAGAUCAGUGUCGAUCCGGAGUACUCUGUUUAAAUUACAAAGGAUCAGACGUCUAUAUUCAGGGGAAUAAUAAUCGUGCAACAAACGACGAGAUGUCAACGGAAUUUGUCAGGAAUCUAGAUAACGGCAGUUCAAAAAACGACAAGUUGUUAGAUCGAUCCAAUGAUGAUCAUGAUAAUAUAACAGUAAAUAAUUACAAUCUGAAUGUAAUUAAUAUAAAAUUACCUGCUGCUGUAGAAAAAUUUAAACGUGAUGUCGGUAUUCAGUGUAAUGUUAGUGAUAUGGCAGAUGGUAAACUUGAAAUAUCUAAAUUUUCAACAAUUCAAAGUCGUUUUAAAAAAUCAGUCGAAACAGAAGUAGAUGAUAUUCAAAACAAAAUAUUCUUACCAGAAUUAACGGGUACGCAGUUUAAACGUGUCGUAAAAGAAAAACUUACAAAUGAAGUUAGAGUCGCUAAAUGGUAUGUUUCUUCAUUGCCUAAUUGUGUCCCUGUGAAAAACUCCAACUGUCAUCUCGAUAAAAAGGCAUUGAGAUUAGAUUACACGGGGAAAUUAUGGAAUGAACUGGAUUGCAAAAGUUCACCUGAAAUCAAAAAAUCUGGACUUAGUCCUGGUUUUGUGCAACAGUUAAUCAAACAAUUUGAUGUCCCUCAAAAUGCGGAACAGAAAUGUCUGAGACGCAGAUCGUUAUAGAAUUUAAUCAUACUUAUAUUAAGUUUAAUGAUAAUAGUUAAUUGUUACGGACUACUGUUCGUCUAAAGUAUGUAAAAAAAAAACAAAAUACAUUUUUUCUUUUCGUUUCUCUAUCACUGUUGUUUUUGUACUAUUAUUACUAUUAUUACGAGCUUUCGACCGGUUUGAUACGUCUGUAAUCCGGUCAUGCACACGAGUAAUGUCUUUAUACAUUAUAAGAAACGACCAAAAAUGGGAAGCAACGCUGUUCGUUUAUUUAUAUUCUACUGCACUACGUUACGCGUGUACAUAUCAAUUACGUAUACGAUUAUUGUUGUAUAUUAUUAUCAAAUCCGGUAUUCGCGACCGCCAUUACGCGAAAAAAUAAUUAGUCACGUAUUUUAGUUUAAAAUGUCAUAAAAUGUAAAUCGGCAGAUUUCAAUGUAAAUAUUGUGAAAUAAAUUUGUACUCAGU